CCACUCUGAUGACCAAGAGUCUAUCAUGGCCUUCAAGUGCUUCCAGGAGAUUUCAAAACGCUCAGAAGAUGUUCACCAAUCAGACCAAGUGUCAACAAAGAGGAUCGUCCUCCUGGGAAAAACUGGAACAGGGAAAAGCCACCUAGCCAACACCAUACUUGGAGAGGAACUGUUUGAACCAAAUGAUUCUCCCAACUCUGGAACAAAACAAUGUAUAGCAGAAACAAGAUAUGUCAAUGGGAGAAGUAUCACUUUAAUUGACACACCUGGGUUCUUUGAUGUAGAACGGAAAGAGGACGAAGUUAAGCCUGAGAUAAUGAAGUGCAUCACAGAGUGCGCUCCCGGGCCUCAUGCUUUUCUUAUUUUGCUCAAAGUGGAUAAAUUCACAGAGCAAGAGAAAGAUGUCAUUGCAAAAAUACGCCAGUCUUUCACAGAAGAUGCUCUAAAAUUUGCUGUAGUAGUCUUCACUCAUGGUGCCCAGCUCCCUAAAGGGAAGACAAUUAAGGAGUUUGUCAGUCAGAAUAGGGAUCUGAGUCAUCUGGUGAAUGAGUGUGGCGGUCGGUGCCACGUCUUUGAUAAUAAAUACUGGAACAACAACCAACCUGAUGAAUACAGGAGCAACAAGUUCCAGGUGGCAGAGUUACUCAAUACCAUAGAGAAGAUGGUGAUGGAAAACAAUGGAGACUGCUACACCAAUAAAAUGCUGCAAGCAGUGGAGGAAGAAAUGCAGCAUGAGGAGAAGAGAAUUAGACUCUUAUCAAAAGAAAUGUCAGAUCAAGAGAUCAGAGAGCAGGCUAAAGUUAGCGUUUUUCAUAACUUUCAGACCAGACUGGCAAGUACUGCAACAGGAGUAUUGCUAGGAGCUAUGCUUGGUGUGCCCAUAAUGAUUAUGUCAGUUGUCACGGCUAUGAGAACAAUGCCAACAGCAGCAGGAGUAGCAAAGCUUGCAAUGCGAGCAGCAGGAGGGGCACCAGUAGUAACAACUGGAUUAAGCAUAGGUGCAGGAGUUGGUGCCGUAGCAGGAGCAGUAGUAGGAGGUUGUAUAGGAUAUCAUGUAGCUGAUCAUGCAGACUCACCAGGGGAGGCAGCAAAGAGCACAGUAAAGGCUUUUUGUGACAUAGGUAAACAAACACUUCAAAUAGUAAAAAACAACAAAAAGUUAGGAAAAUGCGCCACUUCUCACACAUAGUUGAAAUAUCUACCGAAUAGGAAUUAGUCACAUACACUCUGUGUACAACUUGGAUCAAAAAUUCAGGCAAGAGAGGGACACAAAUGCAAGUCACUGUAGUCUUCUUUUUCCAGCUAAUCUUACAAAAACAGCAAACAUUUGACCUUUUA